GAAGACUUCUCUCUUGCUCCUAAUAUUUCUACUUCACGAUGGGCUGACAGCAACAAUGCUCUUGAUGAUGAUGAUGAUGAUGAAACUGAAGAUGUAAAACAGGAUUUUGUGCCCAAAAGGAGGAGAAACACCCCUCUGGCAAAUUCUAUGGAACAAAGGUUGCUGAAGGCUCCAAGUCCUGAGGUUGGGGAAGUCAUCUCUGCAUCGAAGUCAUCUGGCUCAGAGGGAGAGAGGAGGGAUGCUGACCAUGAGGUUGAGGUGGAUAAGAAUGUCUAUAUGGAUGUUGAUGAGGAUGCUGCCAAUGGCAAUGUGGCUGAGCAUCUCUCAGACACGGAUUCUGAUGAUGAUGUUGAUAGGGAUGAGUCCCCAAAAACUGCACAGCCUCCUCAAAGAUGUAUAAACAUGCUGCUAGGGUGUAGAAGUGUUGAUGAGUUUGAGAGGCUAAACAAGAUAGAUGAAGGCACUUAUGGAGUUGUCUAUAGAGCGAGGGAUAAGAAGACCGGUGAGGUAGUGGCUCUUAAGAAGGUGAAGAUGGAGAAGGCAGAGGGUUUUCCAUUGACUUCUCUUAGAGAUAAUGUUCUCCUAUCCUUUCACCACCCAUCAAUUGUGGAUGUGAAGGAGGUUGUUGUGGGAAGCAGUCUUGAUAGUAUCUUCAUGGUUAUGGAAUACAUGGAGCAUGAUUUGAAAGGUUUAAUGGAGACGAUGAAGCAACCUUUUAGCCAGAGUGAAGUCAAAUGCUUAAUGUUGCAACUAUUGGAGGGUGUCAAGUAUCUUCAUGACAACUGGGUUCUCCACAGGGAUCUGAAAACUUCAAACCUUCUUAUGAACAACCGUGGUGAGCUUAAAAUUUGUGAUUUUGGGUUAGCUCGCCAAUAUGGUAGCCCACUGAAACCAUAUACUCACUUAGUUGUGACUUUGUGGUACAGGGCGCCUGAACUUCUGUUAGGAAUAAAAGAAUAUUCAACUGCUAUUGAUAUGUGGUCUUUAGGAUGCAUUAUGGCUGAGCUUUUGGCGAAAGAACCAUUAUUCAAUGGAAAAACUGAGCUUGAUCAACUUGAUAAAAUAUUUAGAACGCUUGGUACACCUAAUGAGAAGAUCUGGCCAGGAUUUGCUAAAUUGCCUGGAUUAAAAGUUAGCUUUGUUAAGCAACCGUAUAAUAAGCUAAGAGAGAAGUUUCCUGCCACGUGUUUUUCUGGACGCCCAACUCUUUCUGAGGCUGGUUUUGACUUGCUGAAUAAGCUCCUAACUUACGAUCCUGAAAAGCGUAUUACAGCUGAGGCUGCUCUUAAUCAUGCUUGGUUUCAUGAGGUCCCUUUGCCUAAAUCAAAAGAUUUCAUGCCGACGUUUCCUGCACAGCAUGCACAAGACAGGCGCUUACGGAGAAUUAUGAAGAGUCCAGACCCACUAGAAGAGCAGCGACUGAAAGAGUUGAAACAAGGGGAGCUUGGACCUACUGGCCUGUUUGGUUAACAUGCACAUUCUGGGUAAUAACAUCUGAAUAGUGCCCAUCAUAUCCAGCAAAGUUUUCCAGGCACCCUUGAUGAUUGGGUGGAGUUAAAGAUUAUUCUUCCUUCCUCCAAAACAAGUUCUAUUGCAGGAAAAUUUUGUUCCCCCAGUCCCAGUGCAUAAAAAAGGUGCAUCUUUAUGCAGCUUGCAGCAUAAGGUGUGGCAUAUUGGCCUUUAUUUUGGUAUAAUCAGUUUCAUUUGAAACCCUGUAACAUAUUUUAUUGAUACGUUGUGAAUGGCCAUUUCAAAACCUGGAUUAAAAUACCAGAAAUUUAAUGGACA